GGGAAGGGAAAUGAAAACCCUCUGCCGUCCGUGGUCGGAGCAAAUUCCCCGACAGGCGCUCGCACGGGCUGCCCCUGCUGUCGGAGCGACAACUCCCUGCCGCGGCCAUUGAUUACUCUGAAGCUCGGCUUUAUGGCGCGUCCAUGCUCUCGCUAGCUGCUACAGUACUAGCGUCUGUACAUAUAGCUCCACCGCCCCCCGGCGCAAAAGCGGAUCGAGCAGAGCGACAAGUGUGCGAGCUGGAGUAGAGAGUGGUGACCACCGGAGAGAGGAGCGGGCAGCAAGAAAGAUGGCGGAGGUGGCGAAGAAGGCGCCGCGGAGGGAGGAGGAUCUGGUGGAGGCGGCGCUGGCGGCGGCGGCCGCGGCGCUGCUCGUGUCGGGGGUCAAGAAACUAGCGCCGGCCGUGCUCGUGGCGCCCUGCUGGUCGUGGCUGUGGUGGCCGCUCCCCGCCGCCGCGCCGUCGCCCGUCCUCUUCCUGCUCCUCAACGUCGUCAUCGCCUCCAUCGUCGUCGCCUCCGUGCAGCCGGCCAGGCGCGCAGCCGCGGCCACGAAGGGCGUCGUCGGGGAUGCCGCGCCGGCGCCAGCGGCAGCCGGCGAGGAGGGCGCGAGGAAGCUCAAGAAGAGGAGGAGCAAGAAGCGCGGCGAGGAGUCCGCGGCGCCGGCGCCCGUCGUCGCGGCGGAAGGCUGCUGCAUGGCGCUCGUGGCGAUGAGCGACACGGCGGCCACGGACGAACAGGAAGCGGCAUCCGUCGGCGACGCGGGGGAGGAGGUGGACAGGCGCGCCGAGGAGUUCAUCUCGGCGUUCCGGCACCGCCUCCGGGUCGACUCCUUCUCGUCCCGUCGCCGGGACUCCGAUGCCGCCGAGGCAGGGGCGGCCAUCGCGCCGCGCUGUUGAUCCGAGCUCGCAGCUCGCAAAUCGUGCUGCAGUCGCCAUGUUUUCCUUUAUUGGGUUCAGAUUGCAGACAGUUUCGUUCGCUUUGUUCUGAACCUCUUGCUCUUUUGAUCUGAGCUCUAGCAGUGUAGACUCUAGCUACUAGUAUUUCGACAUCAACUGGAUGAAUCUUGAACAAACUUUUCUUGCUA